AUGGGAAUACGAGCGGCACACAUGCGGUCAGGAAAGCCAGUGCCCUUUGUGGUCGCUGUCCUUCCUGCACUCUUCUACUUUGGACUCGUCGGCGUCGGUUACUACGUCUAUGUCGUCACACUCUGCGUACGGUUACUUCGGGAUGACAGAGUUGCACUUGGAGUUGUUCUACUGGUGCUGUACCAUAUUACAUUCGUUGUGAUGCUCUGGGCGUAUGCGAUGGUUGUUCUGACAGACCCCGGAAGAGUGACCCCCGAGCUUCAGCCCUCACCCCAACUCUACGUCCAACAACAACAACAACAACAACAACAACAACAACAACAACAACAACAACAACAACAACAACAGCAGCCAGCUUUGUCCCAGGAUCAGGAACAUGGACAAGCGGCGGAGCAGGAACCUACUCAUCCACAAACAAAAUCUGCCGGCUCAGUGUCAUCCCUCGGCUCCGUUGGAGUAUUGAUCCCAGGAGCACAAAUCAACAGGACUGGAUACAUCCAUGUCACGGAAGACCCCUCUGCACAGAGCCACCCCCUCUGGUGUAGUAAAUGCCAACACAUCAAGCCUGAGAGAGCACACCAUUGCCGUGUCUGCAAGCGGUGCGUGCUAAAGAUGGACCAUCAUUGUCCAUGGGUGCUCAACUGUGUGGGUCAGGACAACUACAAGUUUUUUGUCCUUUUCGUCUUUUACACCUCCGUGCACUGCAUCUUCAUCUUGGCUUCUCUUAUCCCCCUUUACCUGCGGCUCCCUGACGAUACUUAUGCGCACCAAGCCCAGGUCGUCGGGAUGGUCAUAGCUGGCGUGUUUGGUUUCGCCCUUAUUGUGUUUACGAUCACCCAUGUCCGCCUGAUUUUGGUCAACAGAACGACUAUCGAGGAUCAUUCGACGCCACAUGAGGAAGGAAUGUUGCCAUGUCUCCGGAAGGGAUGGGCGAAAAGCGAAGGCGAGGUCAAUCAAGGAAACGAGCGACUGUACGACAUAGGAUACCGAGAGAACUGGGAGCAAUGCAUGGGUAAAGGAUGGAAGGCAAUGAUCCCAGUGCGGUUCCCUCGGCCCGAGGGACCCAUUUACAAUCAGUCAGUGGUUGCGAGACAAUGGAGAGACUACAAUCAACAGACAGAGGCAAGAAGACAGCAACAGCAAGAACAGCAGCCAUCGAGUACUAUGGACAAUACAGCGAUGGGCACGGCAAGACUAACGCCAAUCGAGCAGGAAAUGUACCACCGAUCACCUUCGGUGGGAGACCAACCCAGGGGAGAGGGUGGUGCUACCGCAUGA